AUGUUAAUUUAAUUAGUAGGUUUGUCAAAGUUAUUUCUUCAAUACAAACUGUUGAUGCAUAGAUAAAUUAAAUAAGAUAGGAUGGCAGCUAAAAACCAACCUAGGAAUAGAUUAUUUAAAGAGCAGAGUAAUAGUCUAUUUAAUUUUAGAUAAUAUAAGUAAAUGA